AUGCCCGAGCUAUCCGAUCCCCAGGAGAAAGCUCCUUCGUCCCCUCACCAACCUUCCUUGGACUCCACACAAGGCGAUGAGGAAAGUUCUACAACCCACGCCGAUAUCCCCCAAAUCGCCAUUCGCGAUGAAGUUAGUGAACAACCAAGUACAUCGAGCUUCAGUCAACGAUGGAGAACCGCCAGUCAACGCAUCAGAAAUCGAAGCCAAACAAUAGCCGAGCGGCUGGGCCGCCCUCAUGAACGAGAGGAAGAUGGGUUGGAAGGCGCAGGCUUCUCCACGGAGUACUUCGGAGCAACUGACGACCUCCGAAGUUUCGCUGCUCGCCAAGCCAACGACGAGGAGGAACGAUUACAUUCUCAUGAUCACGAUGCCCAGGCUCAACUAUUGGUCCGGCAUCUCGGUUUACCGGGGAGUCACCAUCAUCGACGAAAUGCAUCAUCGGAAGUCCCGUCGGGCACGACAACCCCCGGAGAUAUGGGUGAAUCGACUCCAUUGAACGGGAGUGUGCUUUCGCAUUUGCUGCGCGUCUAUGCCAAUAAUCUGGAGAGUGCCAGCAGGAUGAGUGUUGCGACAACUUCGUUUGAAACAGAUCCUGAGACGGAGACUCUUCCGUCGAAAACGCCGGGUACGUCUACACCCGGUGGGACACCCGGUGGGACGCCGCCGCCGGGAAAGAAAGAAAAGAUCAAGUGGUAUAACAACGGAGAGGCGGGUGAAGCAGGUAGCAAGAAUGGCAGCAAAUUCAAUCUGCCCAAUCUGCCGUUGAAGCCUCCGAUGAAGAAGAGGGAAUCGAGUCAUGCUUAUACAUCCUCGCUGAUCUCGGCUUCGAUGGGUAUGGGUCGGGUUGGAGUACCCGGGGCCGAAGGGCCGGCACCUAUGAACCCUAAGGAGAGAAAGAAGCAGAAGCGGAAGAGCCAUAAGAAUGUUAAGCUGACGGUACAUAUUGCUGCUAUCUUGGCGCGGCAACAGUAUAUUAUGCAGCUGUGCCGUGCGUUGAUGAAAUAUGGUGCGCCGACUCAUCGAUUGGAGGAGUAUAUGAUGAUGACUUCCAACGUGCUGGAAGUCAAUGCUCAGUUUAUGUACAUUCCUGGUUGUAUGUUCAUGUCUUUCGAUGAUCCGCUCACCCGCACUGCUGAGGUGAAGAUUAUUCGCGUCACCCAGGGACUGGAUCUCUCUCGCCUAGCCGAAACACAUAACGUGUACAAAAAUGUGGUGCACGAUAUUGUCAGCGUGGACCAAGCCACACAAGACCUUGACGCGAUUAUGCAGCGCAAGCCACGAUAUGGACCGUGGACGCGCGUUCUCCUAACUGGCCUGGCUAGUGUUGCGGUUGGUCCAUACUCAUUCUCUGCCCGCCCAAUCGAUCUUCCCAUCAUCUUCCUUCUGGGCUGCAUUGUGGGAGUUAUGCAGCAUAUCUUGGCUCCAUCAUCAGCUACCUAUUCAAAUGUGCUGGAGGUGUCCGCAGCCAUCUUGACUUCGUUCCUCUCGCGUGCAUUCGGAAGUAUCCAGCAUAACGGCGAACGGGUAUUCUGUUUUGCCGCGAUGGCGGAAUCCUCCAUCGCCAUGCUUCUUCCCGGCUUCGCUGUGCUGAGUAGUAGUCUGGAACUGCAAUCACAUCAGAUGAACGCUGGCUCAAUUCGCUUGGUCUACACCAUCAUCUACUCCCUCUUCCUGGGAUACGGUGUCACAGUCGGCACCACGAUCUACGGACUGAUGGAUAGCAAUGCUACAACUCAGCAAACCUGUUCUGGUGCGGUUAACGACUGGGGCAACGAAUACAUCCAGCACUUCCCCUUCGUCGCACUCUUCUGUCUGUUCGCCGCCCUCCUCAACCAGGCCAAGCUCAAACAGCUGCCUGCGACAGUCUUCUUGGGUGUCUGCGGCUAUGUGACCAAUUACUUCAGUACGAAGAAGCUCGGCUCCAAUCAAGUUGCCAACACGGUCGGUGCUUUCACUAUUGGCUUGCUAGCCAAUUUGUACAGUCGUAUUUGGCAUGGUCACGCUGCCGCCGCUAUCAUCCCGGGUAUCUUCACUCUGGUGCCAUCCGGUCUAGCAUCUUCCGGAUCGAUUAUUUCCGGGUUGGAGUAUGCCGAGGAGGUCGCUAAUGGAACUGCCUCCAGCACGACCAGUUCCAGUAAUGAAACCUCGCUCCUUUCCCUAGGUUACGGAAUGAUCCAAACAGCCAUCGGCAUUUCAGUCGGUCUAUUCGUUGCUGCACUAAUCGUGUAUCCGCAAGGAAAGAAGCGCAGUGCCAUUUUUAGUCUAUAA